GAACAUGGCCUCAUCAAUCUCAAAGGCACACUCUGACACGUAUUGACUGCUAUAUCGGCGAAAACCGUCCAUAUGGCACCUUCGGCUUCGCGUGAGGACGAAAAACCCGAGACACGAACCUGCAAUUUUACAGCGAGGACGAAGAGCGGCUGUUUAGUCAGCUACAUUUCUUACGGUAGCUUUCCAGCGCAGCGCGCGAAUUCUCUUCCAUUCCUUACGCUCUCUGUAGGUGCGUGGUGGAAUGUGUGUCUGAGAUUUUCCUGGAAGACGCUGGGCCAUAUGUUCAGAGAGUGGGAUUUAAAAUUUUGCAGCCAUCUUAAUUGACUAGAAUCCCUCCAACAGCUCAUUGAAGUGCUUGCUUUCCUCCACUGCCAUGGCUUCCACACCUCCACCUCUCAUGAAGAAACACAGUCAGACUGAUCUUGUGAGUCGCCUCAAAUCCCGCAAGGUCCUGGGUGUCGGCGGGGAGGAUGAUGACGGAGAGGUGCACAGGUCCAAGAUCAGUCAGAUGUUGGGUAAUGAGAUGAAGUUUGCUGUACGUGAGCCUGUUGGUCUGCGGCUCUGGCUCCUCGUCUCUGCUGUGUUGUUCACAUCCACGUCCUUAAUGGCCUUGGCUUUUCCCAGCCAGCUCUACGAGAUAAUAUUUGAGAUCACUACCUCGAAGAUCUCCAUCAGACUCUACGGAGGAGCCCUUCUAUGUAUCUCAUUAAUUCUGUGGAAUGGCUUGUACACAGCAGAAAAGGUCAUCAUUCAAUGGACGCUUCUUACGGAAGCGUGUUACUUUGGGGUACAAUUUCUAGUGACAUCUAUCACCCUUUUGGAGAUGGGCAUGCUGUCCAAUGGGGCAAUCGUUCUUCUUCUUAGUGAAACCUUGUUCCUCUUCGUCACCAUGAGUUACUAUCACCACCUCGGCCGGCGCUCCAAAAAGAUCUGAGGGAGACCAGCUGUUUGUUAGAUGAGUAGAUCGGCAGCACAGAAUGCUUCGAAUACAGUAGCAACCACUGCCUGGACCAAAUGAAUUUACACUUGACUGAAAAUCACACUCUGUUUGUUGGCAAUUUCCAUUUUAUGUAAGUACUAUAAUUGGGUAUUUACUCUCAUUAGGUACAGAGGGCCACAGAUCUAAGAUUUUUGUUUUUGUUACAUUAAUUCACUACAGUGGACAUAAUUAUUUGACAGCUCACUUUUUUAGCAAAAGCAUUUUCUGGGAAUUUAUUGUAUGGAGCAGGGGUGGAGAACCACAGGGGAUGGGGGGACACUUGUUGAAGCAGGUGAUUCUGUCUCAGGCAAAUACUUCGACUCAUCGCCAAUAUUUCUGUCCAGGUUUUCAGAUUUUUUUUUUCCCCUUAGAUUUCAUCUCUUCAGCGCGUCUGCUAUAAGUUUCAAAUCUCCUGUCGUGCUUUUCUUUCUUUUAUUUACUUUUUUCUCUGUGGCGGUCUGGAGAAAAAAACGCACCCCAGAAAAUAAGCAGAGGACGAUUACAUCCUUAUUUCAAACACACACUGCAAGUAUGUUGUGAUGACACGAAUCACUCGAUCAAAUUGCCAUGUUAUGAUAACCUACUGUAACGUCUUAACAAGUACAUGCGAGCGAUGAAAGACAGUAGAACCUCAUCAUAUACCUCAUCGUGUAACAACGGAUCCAGUGUGUGUUAAAUGUGACCCUGGACCACAAAAGCACAGGUAUUGUAGCAAUAGCCAAAAAUACAUUGUAUGGGUCAAAACGAUAGUUUUUUUUGUUUUAUGCCAACCAUCAUUAGGAUAUUAA